GCUGCUGCAGCGUGGAGACAGUGGGGGAGAGGAGGAGAAAGUGGCUCAUUGUGGAGUCUGCUGAGAGAGAGACGUCUCACCUUCAUUCUCCUUUCUUUGGAAAAGGAAAGCAAAACGUUCCGGCUACUUUUCCAUGAACAGACAGACUUAAAGGAAAGUGGUGGGACUGGAUCAAGACGGGCAGCAGGAGCUCCUCUGACUGCUUUGGAUGUAUCAGAGAGGAGGGGGAGGUUUUCUGAGCUGAUACGCGUUGGAAAUGAGUCAAACGGCGAAUGUGAAGGAGGCUGAAGGAAAGUGAUUGAAAAGGAAGAAUGAUAAUGUAGAGGAAUCUGCUUACAUUUCCUCUCAGAUUUUAUUCAUUUCUUUCAGGGGGGUUGAGCCAUUACAUCCGAGCUUUCGGAGCACAUCACCUUUCAGAUAAUCUCAUUUUCAUCCAUCCGCCACACCUCGGCUGGUGAUCACACUCCUGGUUGUUCAGUCCAAUUUGAUUCCCAGCUCGACAGCUUAGUUGUACAAACUUGCAUUCAGUUGUGGCCUAUUAUGGAAUUCCGGCUGCUGACUUGUAAUACAUUUUAAAGCAGUUUUACAAAAAUUCCCUUUCUGAUACAAUCUGUUAUAAGUGAGAGUUGAACAUGGCCAUCAACACGGACACCGACUUCCAGAAGUCUAACUUGGGUGAGGGUGGAGGAGGCGCUCAGCAUGCGGACUCCCAGGAGACGGAGAAACUGCUGGCGGUGACCACCGAGCCUGGAGGGAAUGGGAUGAAGAUGUCCACCUCCUUCACGGUCAACAUGGGCAGCGACAAGGCCCUGGAGGCCGACCAGAACGGCCACAGCGUGGCUGUGAGAUCGGGCUCCGUCGGGCAGCUGGCCGCCGCCGCCCCCCUCUCCCCGUCCAAGGCCAGUCUGAGCCGCUCCUCCACCGGCAACGCUGCCGUGCAGGAGACCCCGAUGCCCAAGGAUUAUCUCAUCCUCGUCAUCAUGUCCUGCUUCUGCCCCGUGUGGCCCGUCAGCAUCGUCGCUCUGGUGUACUCCAUCAUGUCCAGAAACAGCCUCCAGGCGGGGGAUAUGGAUGGGGCCAGGAGGCUGGGUCGACUGGCACGUCUGCUCAGUAUUGUCUCCAUCGUUCUGGGAGUGGUCAUCAUCAUAGUCUACGUCUCAGUCUCAGUAAGCCACUGACAUGGAGGACCUGAGAGGGGCAAAACAAAACUCUGAGAAACCGUGAAAGCCAAACCACGGAUGCAACGAGAAAUAAAAGCCCAUUCCAAAAAAAAAGAAAAAAAAGAAAAAAAAGAAAAAAAACAAAUACAAUUCUGAACUUUAUGCUAUAUUGUAAUUACACAUGACCACCCUCAGAAAGCAAAAAAAAAAUAAAAAAAUAGGCAACUCAUGAGAGUAGGUACUGCAGCAAGUAAACAAGUGAAAAAAAAUUAUUCAGAGAUGCAUGCACUAGAAUCCAGUAACAUUUGCUUGUCAAAAAUAACCAAAUACCUGACAUACAACUGUUCAGGUUAAAACAGAGGAAAAAGAAAAGCAGAUGUGUACGCGGUCAGGAGAACUGAUUAAUGUUUCUUUUUGGAAUAAUGGACUUCUUUACAUGAAGAAAAUGAUCUACACAUGAGGAGAGAGUGACCAAUAGACUUUUUCUAUGUCUGGGAUGGGGCUCCUUUGCAAAACAGAUUCUGGGUUUAGACUUCAAACUUUGGACAGCUGCAUAUAAUCCUCAUAUAUUCCUUACUGAACCUCUUGCAUUCAAAGCAUAUACAGCUACAAAUAUAUCUGAAAUAUAGAUAUAGAUGUACAUUUUAUAAUAAUGUUUGUAUGCCAUGUGGUGCUGGGUUUGUUAAGACUGUCACAAUGGCGGCUUUGUCAGCACUUGGAUUAUCAGUGGAUAUUCAAGGGUUUGUGAAAAAGGGGGCAGGGAACACAUUUUUUAAUUUUUGUUAUUUAUUAUAAUUUUUUUGAACUAAAAAAAAAUUGAGACCAACUGCAUGCCUGAAUGUAGAUAACCAAAAUUCUGCCUUCGUUUUGACUGUUAUUAGUUGUCUCUUUUAUUAUGAAGGAGUCAGAGAGGCUAACAGGUUUGCACAUGGAAGAGUGAUUUGUGUACAUUGUGUGAGUCCAGCUACUGUAGAAUGUGUGAGAACUGUGAUCUAACAGAUUCCUUUUCUGUUUCUAUCUCUUGAACCUUGCUUUGCUCUAGCAGAGACAGAAACCCACACAAAACCUCCCACCAGCUUUGAAUUCCUACUUUUCCUUUCACAUCAUGACCUAAGUGGCUGCUGUCCUUCAGUUUUGUCUCUGUACCUUCAUCUUGUACCUUUCAACUCCGUUUUACAUUUCACCUUUUACUACCUUUCUACACCAUCGCUCCCCAUUUCCCCAUUUCCAUUCUUACAUUGUUAUACAUUGACUGUUAAAUACCAUUGUUUCACCGAAUGAUUUUUCUGCUCCUUAUUGGUAUGGUAUGAAAUGUAUUUAUAUGGGAAAAUAUAUAUGCAAUAUGUACGCAUGCUAUGCGCCGAACCGGCUGACACAUAUUUAUUUUUUGUAAACGAGCAGGCCUAUGAGUUUGACUGAGUAACAAAAAGCAUUUAAAGAAUCUUUAUUUAAAAUCCAAGCACGACAGAUUGUCUGUAUUCGUCACUUUAUCAGAGAGAAGUCACUGUAAGUCCCUUGUGGAUACACAGGACUGUUGUAUUGACACAUAACAGGCUUAUGCUACAAGCACAGGUAACAUCGCUGUAAGACCAUGUAGCGUCAUUUAAGGCCACAGCUUUUCUUUGGGCAUUAAUGCUUUUUUUUUUACUUGUGUAAUCUAAAUCAGGAACUAUUUGGACAGAGUCCCUUUAAAGUGAUAAAAAAAAAAAUGUGAUGCCGUGUGUUGAGUUCCAAUUGUUCUUUGCUUAAGGGCUUCGUACAAGUGAAACAAGAGAAACACCAGCUUAUUAUGACUGAUGAGAAAUUAAAUUUAUCAGACUAUGCAGCUAAAGUGAUCUACCAAGUUUUAAUCUGAACAUCAUCAACAUAAGGCUGAACAACUGCAGUCUGUCAAGUAUUAACACUCUAUAGCACAAUGUUUUUGUGCUAAAUGGGUUAAUGCUGACUCCAUUCCAAUUCAGAGUUGUACAUAAAAAUCAUGUUCUUUAUCCAAACAUCUGAAAGCAGCAAAAUCCAAAGAUCCCUCAUGUUCACUACCAAAUUAAAGAAAAGAUGUUACAUUACAUUGCUGCCAAAUGGCAACCUCACGUCUAUAGAUGACACCAAGUAUAGGCAACUGCACUAGUGUUAUUCCCUAACAUGCAAAUUUCCCAUCUCUGCAACUGGUGGUCAGGAGUCAACUGUCCAGCCUAUAAGCACUGCUCUGUCAGUAAAACAGUUCAAACCUUCACUUCAUUUCUAUAUAUUACUGUUUUUCUUUGGCAGUAUAAUUGUACGUGUCAGUUUUCAUCUCUGUGGUGUACAUUUUGCAUGUCUGGAAUAAAUGUUACCAUGCAUGGUCCAA